CAUUUCUAUCAGAUUCGUUUUCAUCAUUUAAUAAUUGGUACUUUCAACCCUCACAUAGCAACCACACCCUGUCAUUGAUGCGAAGCAGCAAAGCCGUGUGAGUGCUAACAGCGCCCCCUGGUGGAGAGCGUUGUGCUGACAGACACUCCGUCCACCGGGAACGUUUCCGUUCUGCAUUUGCGAGACUUCCGUUAGUUGAAUGUGCCGGGGAUCUGAGGACGGACAAAAUCGCGUGCAACACCGGAAACCAGCGCGUUCAGCUCUGUCUCACGUCGUUGAGAAACCUUCUCCUAAAAUCUGUAUUCCGUAGCUGCAAGGACACACUUGUUUAUGAUGGACGGUGUCUCGGCCGUCGAGAAAGAUCGCGCCGCCGGCGUUGACAAGAAAAGAAAAAUAGCGGAUAGUUCUGGUGAUUCAGACGAAAAGAUCGGCGAAACCCAGACUGAUUCUGAGCGAUGCUUAGGGCAGUUUAAGAAGAUGAAAAGUGGCCAUCAAGUGAUAAACUACGAGAGGUCUCUGCUAUCAGCACAGCACUAUGACCCGAACACAACAGAACCCAUCAGCUCCAGCCUGAAAACUCUAGCCGAAUUGUUGUCAUGGCAACUCAGCGAGGCGAGCCCCUUCAAUGUGGCCACUGUACCUGUGAGCAGUAGACGGCUGCCCCUGGCCUCCAACCCCAGGAGAACGCUCGUCUGCCACGAUAUGAAGGGCGGGUACCUGGAGGACAGAUUCAUUCAAGGCACGACGGUUGAGGACCCAUAUGUCUUUUAUCACUGGGAAUACAUCGACAUCUUUAACUACUUCAGCCACAACCUGGUGACCAUUCCUCCAGCUGUGUGGACCACAGCUGCCCAUAAACACGGUGUGCUCUCAAUGGGCACCUUCAUCACUGAGUGGAAUGAUGGAGAGAAGGUGUGUGAGCUGUUUCUGGCCACUGAGGAGACAUAUCGCGCUGUUGCUGAUAAGCUUGUGCAGAUUGCUCACUGCUACGGCUUUGACGGCUGGCUCAUAAACAUCGAAAACCCACUGAGAGGCGUGGCGGUGAGGAACAUGGAGCUCUUCCUGUGCUACCUCACGAAGCAGAUGCACAAGCAGAUGCACAAGCAGAUGCACAAGCAGAUGCACAACAGCCUGGUGAUCUGGUACGACAGCGUCUUGGACGAUGGCUCGCUCAAAUGGCAGAAUGAGCUUAACGACAGGAACAGAGUGUUUUUCAAUGCCUGUGACGGCAUCUUCACCAACUACAACUGGACAGAGAGCAGUCUGCAGGUCAUGACCUCAGACCCGGCAGCGCAGCACCGCCUGGCUGAUAUCUACGUCGGGAUCGAUGUGUUCGCACGAGGGGAGGUGGUUGGAGGGAAGUUUGAAACCAACAAGGCUCUGGAACUGGUGCGUAAGUAUAACCUCUCCGCGGCUAUCUUCGCCCCUGGCUGGGUGUAUGAGUGUCUGGACACGGCGGAUUUCCACCAAAACCAGGACAAGUUUUGGGCUCGGCUGUCAGACUACCUCUAUGUCCACCAGCUUGUGUCCCCUCUGCCCUUCGUCUCCUCUUUCUGUCAGGGCUUUGGCCGGAGUCUCUACUGGAAAGGGCGGGUGGAACAUGACGGAAGCUGGUUCAAUCUAAAUGCCCAGGAGAUCCAACCCAUGUACGCCGAGACCAACCUGGAGGGCGGGGGCAGGCUGAAGAGCCGUUGCUGCUCUGCAGAGGCUUGGUCUGGGGGGAGCUCUCUGCUGCUGGAGGGCCAUAUCCCGUGCUCACUGGCCAAAGCCUGUGCACGGAUAUUUUCUCUGCACGUGCCGCUGGCGGCGAAGACGCUGGUCUCUUUCGUCUACAAGCCGUCGGCAGGGCUGAAUGUGUCCCUGGAGCUCCGGACGAUAGACGCCUCGCUGUGCUCAGCUCCUGAUGCUCCCUACAGUAGUGUAUUUCCAGCUGCGUUGAGUGAGGAUAAUGACCUGGUGAAGCAGUUCACUCAGAACUGUGGCCGGACGAGUGACAACGGUUGGAUGAGCAGAUGCUUUCAUCUGGAGCUGAGCGGCUGUGCACUCAGGGAGGUGUAUGUGUGUGUAGCUGCAGACGACGCAGGUCAUGACCUGGACUUCAGCUGCAGGAUUGGAGAGAUAAUGGUCUUGGAUGUUGAGAGUCUGUUCACGCCGCCAGUUUCUGUGCAGAGCGUCUGCCUGUACGACGUAGUUUGGAAGCAGAGGGAGGGCGGUGACGAGGGUAGCCCUCCGAAGGUCCGGCUCAACACCACGCUGUGUUGGUGCUACCCGACUGGGCUCGCCCGCCAUUUCUGUGUCCACUGGCGCCUCAGGCAGGACCCUGGGGAGCCGCCCAGCCCACUGGUUCUGAUUGGCCGGGCCUACUCCACCCUGUACCGGGUGGUGGAGCUGGAGGUGCCUUUCGCCCCUGGCCUGAUAGAGCUGCUGGUAGAGCCGGUGACCAGGGAGGGUUUUUAGUGUGUUGCAGACUCACUGGGGGGAGAUGCCCACUCAGCUACACCCACAGCGCUGCUGAUACAGUUCACAGUUCACACACAUAGAGCACCUUUAUCUCUCUGACACGCACUUAUUAUUAGUUACAAUUAUAUAGCACUUAUUCAUACCCAAUAACACUUUACAACAGUCUGCUUUUAAUUAUCCCACACACACACACACACACACACACACACACACACACACACCAGUUAGAAGCAGCAGCCAGUCACACACAGUUGUAUACUCUCUGCAAGAAACCAUGGGCCCGUGGGAGACUGCAGUGGACACAGAGAAGGGGAGAGAGGAUGGAGUACCAUCCAUCACUGGGAGAGAGGACAACACUCAGGACAGAGCACCAUCCUUC